GAAAUUCGUGUUCAGGAGGCAAAAAUACAUAGAAAAAACCUUGGUCAUCUACUGGCCAUUCAAGUCCGACGAAAAGCGCUCAGCGCCUAUAGACUAGUUGUAGAGAGGGCCUGAGGGAUAUAUGUUGCAGACGAGCCCGAAGCGAAGCGACGAGUGUUUUUUAAAUUACUCCAGUCAGCUCGAUCAAAAUGAGUUUAUUUAUGCUUCAUCGACUGCUACGUGCUCCGACAAAAAUUAUUCCCGUAGAAUACUGUGUCCAAGUUAAUAACUAUGCUAUACCUGGCAUGUCACUUGGUAAAGGCAAGAAGUUGGGCAAAGGAAAAGGUACAACUGUUGAAAAGAAGCUCUUACCAGUAGAAACAGAUGUUAACAAAUUAGUUACAUACUGCUGUGGCACAAAUCUUCGAAAAGAAGGUGGAGAGGAUGUAAAAUUAAAGCCCGAUGAAGAAUACCCAGAUUGGUUGUGGACAAUAAGAACUGGCCCAGCACCUAAACUCGAAGAACUUGAUCCAAACACUAAAGAAUACUGGAAACGAUUGAGAAGAGAAGGCAUUAAAAGAGAUAACAAACUUAAGUCUCUUAGAAAAUUUUAGUAUGUUUUCAGUCUUAUUUGUUAUUCUUAUUAAAAUUAUCACAAGUAUAAUACAAGUGAAAUAGAGUAAUAGGCAUUAAAAAAUUGCAAAAAUUGCAAAAAUUGUAAAUACUUUUUCAAACACAUCUAUGAACUUAGAAAUAAAAAAACCUUUGUACAUUUGCAAACAAGAUGGCAUUAUAAAAACUAGUCUAGAAGUGCACUUUUUUGUUGGUAUCUAAAUUUCUUCUCACCACACAGGUUCUCUUUUGAUAAUAAACUUUUACAGAAAGUAUUAAAAAGCACAUAAGCACAUUUUCACAUUGGCCUGCCAAACUAAAAAUUAAUUUAUUAUUUAUUCAUUUACUUAAUUAGUAAAAAUGAAGGUAUAAUAAAACAACUCAAUUAUUGUUAUGCAAACUACUUUUUAUGAGUAUACAUUUUCAUAAUUUAUAAAUAUUUACAAAAUUACUUACAACAAAGUACACAAAUUUUUACACAAAUUUAAUGUUUUAUAUGCACAAAUAAAAUGUCUAUUAAGGAAUUGGUCAGGUGAUGAUAAUCUGCUCAAUCAGCAGUGAAGGUAGUACGAGCAUCUUUUUAUUUUAAAAAAGGCUUAACAAUGUAUACUACAUAAAUACAUUCGCAAUAAAUUAAAAAUAUAUUCAAAUAA